AUGUUACGUCGCAAAACUCCAAAAAGAGAAAUAUUGCUUGAAAUUCAAAGACCCAGUUUAGUGACAAGUCAGCGCCUUCUACUCCUUAUUUUUACUUAUUAUAUUGAUUCUUCAAAAUCCGUGACUUUAGAAUGUAAAUUUCAUUCUGAUAGCUGGGUUGUGGUUCAAAAGCUCUAUUAUUGUUAUGUUCAAAAUUCAGUUGACAUUAUAUCAGUGGAUUCUGCGUACAUUGAUCAAAUCACAACAAGUGAGUCGAAUAACAGCAAUAAUGAUGAAGUUACUGGACUAUACAUUUCCAACAAAACUGUUCAUUUUUUCCCACGUGGACUUGCAAAUAUCUUCAAGAACCUCAAAAUUAUAGAUAUUUCAAAUUCCAAACUUAAAGUUAUUCAUCAAUCGGAUACAAAACAUUUCUCAAAACUAACAGAACUUAAUUUAAAUGACAAUCAAUUGGAAGUGAUUGAAGAAGGACUUUUUGACUCUAACACUGAAUUGGAGGUGAUUAAUUUGAGCAACAACAAAAUUUCGUUCAUUUUUCCUAAGGUUUUUGAAAAUUUGGAUAAAUUGAAGAUUUUGUCACUUGGUUCCAACAUAUGCAUUGACAUGAAGACUCAAAAUGGUUUGAUUGAUGUCCAAAGUAUCAUCAAAGCUGCAAAAGAUAAAUGUGAUAACUCAAGCUACUCUAAAUUAGCUCUGAAUAUCAAAAAACUUGAAAGAAAUUCAAAUACUUUAAGUUCUGAGGAUUUCCAGGAUAAGUUAAGCACUUUGGAGGAUGAAAUAAAAAAUUCCAAUUUUGUCAACUUUUUUGAACAAAAUCUUCAAAAUUUACGAGCUGAUCAGAUGAAAAAGUCAUUGGAGGAAAUAGCUCCUGCAUCUGUGGUGCCACCUACAAUUUUUCAACCAACAACUUCCAAAAUAUCACAAAAAUCUUCAGAACACGCAGAUUUUAAGAUAAAGGAUAUGAAAUUUAGAGAACAUGCCAGUAAUGAUGCUGAGCAUCAAGACACACCAAAGUUGGAAACUCAAUGUCCAUCAUUUAAUGAAACUUUGGCAGGUGUCAAAAAUAACAUUAAGGAGGCAGUCAUGAGAUGCACUGGUCAAUUUGCAGGCGUUCAUGAAAAAUUUUCAAGCAUUAAUCGUACAGUUUUGGAUAUUUCCAAAGCAUCUCAAGAUGUCAAGCAGAGCAAUGAGGAAAUUGUCACUAAAUUGCAGACUUUAGAUGAAAAGUUGGAAAAUUUGAAGACAUUUUCAAGCCAGAAAUUUGAUCAAAUUGAAACUAAGAUUGAUGCUGCUCAGAAAGACUUGACAGCCGAUACUCAAAAUAAAAUGAAUACAUUUGAGCAGAAAAUUGAUAAAAGAUUUCAGGAAAUUGAAGAAAAAUUGAUUAAAAUCAUGAAAGCUCUUAAAAUUGUUGAAUAAAAA